AUGUUCCAAUUUUUGGUUUUGUUGAUGAUUAUUACAAAUUGUGUUCCAGUCACAGAAUUUAUGGAAGGCGCAUCAACUUCAAAUGCAUAAUGGAAAAAGUAAGAUUCCACUCCAUUUAAUGAUUAAUUUCAUUGUGACAAUGGAUAGUUGAUAGGACCAUUUAUUGGAAAGGUAUAGACGAACAUUUAAAAUACAAUUACCAAUCUUGAACCUCAUUUUUAAUUAUACAUUACCUUAGACAUUGUAUACACAGAAUAUUGGUCUGGAAUAUCAAACUAUGUUAAUAUAUUAAUAGAUUAGUAAGUAAUUUAUUCUGAUACAUCUAUAAACUCAGCUAAUUUCAAUACUCCUAGUAAUUAUUGCAAGGCAAAUUCAUUUUAGUAAUUAUUUAAAUAAUAUUAGUACAUUUUUGUAUAAUUAAUAAUUGAUGACUAUAAGAUAAAAGAUAAAUAAUCAAAAUAUAAGUCCAUCUUUCGAAGUUUAAUCCAGUUUUUAGUGCACUUUAUUGUCCACAUACACAACUUGUGAAAAGCUACUUGUGAAAAAUAUUGUAGUCAUUCCUAGUAUAUGCCAUUUUAGUUGUCUUACAUGUAGUGGUCCAGAUAAUAAUAAUUGUCUAACAUGCCCUUAGGGAACAACAAAAAAUGGGAAGUGCUCAUGUUAAAACGGAUAUUAUGCUUAUAGUUAUUAAUGCGUUUAGACAUGCCCCUAAUAUUAUAAAAGCUUUGGUAGGGAAUGUAGUUUGGAUUGCUCUUUAAAUUGCUAAGAUUGUAGAGGAAAAUGUAGACUUUGUGAAAAUGGUUAUAUAUUUUAUAAUGGUUCAUGUGUCAGCAGUUGCCCAAAGGGGAGUUCCUUAAAAAAUGGAAGUUGCGUUGAUUAUAAUGAUUAAUCAAACUUUGGUUCUGAAUUUAUAGGAAAGUAUUUUUAUGGUUUAGAAAUUGAUCUUGAAAGCCAAAUUAAUUAAUUUACAUUUACUUUUAAUCCUGCAUUAUCAAAAUUAACAGGACAAAUAUUUUCAACUUACAAUAAUCAGUAUCUAUUAGGAGGGUUUGGUGUUUGGAGUGAAGGAUAUUUUAGUAUAGUUUAUAAUGGACUCGCUAAGCAUGAGUACAUUCGAAUUUAUUUAACUGCAUGGUUUAUUGAUAAUUGGACAGAUGAGCAUUUUAUUAUUAAAUUGGAUAACCAAAUAAUACAUGAUGUCUCGUAUUAAUCAUAGAAAGCUACUACUAAUUUAUUUUAUUAGAGCUCUAACGAUUAUGUUGAAGAAAUUUAUGUGAAUGUUUAACAUACAUCAAGUUCAGCUUAAAUAACUUUUUAAACCACAUUAUCUACCUCUGCUUAUUAAGCUAGUUUAGCUUUAAGUAAUAUAUUUAUUUUAAUCGAUUAUUGCGAUCCUUUAUGUGAAAUUUGUUUAUCUACAUAAUGUACUAAAUGUUAAAGUCCUUAUUAAUUAAUUAAUAGUCAAUGCUCAUUUUGUGAUUCUACUAAUUUUAGGAAUAAUGAUUGUACUUGUCAAGCUGGUUAUUACGAUGAUCUUAUUAAUCGUGAAUGUUAACUAUGCAGGUAUGAAUGUGAAACAUGCGUUGAUGCCAGUUCAUGCACACAAUGUAAAUUAGGUUCUAAUUUAAUUAUAUUGCCUAAUUGUAUGAAUUGUAAUGACGGAUAUUAUUUUAAUAAUGGAAUUUGUUCUACUUGUGAUUCAAGUUGUUUAACUUGUUUUGGAAGUGGAUAUACUUCUUGCUUAUCAUGUUAAACUGAUUAUAUUUUGAAUGAAUUUAAUUAAUGUCAAGCUUGUAUGUCAAAUUAAUUUAGUUCUAAUAAUUCUUGUUAGGAUUGCUAAUAUAAUUGUUAAACCUGUAAAGAUCUAUAGAAUUGUCUAACCUGCAAGAUAGGAAGAAUAAAUGCUCCAUUGUGCACUUGCCAAAAAGGUAAUUUAUUUAUAGAAUAUUUUAAGGAUAUUACGAAAGUAAUCAAAAGGAAUGUUUACCAUGUAACUUUAAUUGUUAAACUUGUGAAACUCUAAGUGAUAAUUGUUUAGCUUGUUCAGGUAAUCGAAUGAAUCCUCCACUAUGCAAAUGUCCUGAUGGCUUCGAUUCAGAUGAUAAUUCUGCAUGGUGUACAGGUACGAAAUAUUUUAAUUAGAUUGCUAUAAUGUUAAUUUAGAUGUCAAAAUGAGCAGCAACAGCAAUAAAUUAAUGAUACAAUUUAGUAAAAAAAUUGUAAAAAUUAAUUCUUAUUGUGCAUCGCUUUUUGAAGAGUCUACCCUCGAUUAUUUAGGAGUUAAUCCAAUUUGCAUCGUUAAUUCAUUUUCAAUAGAUGUCUUUAUAGGCUAAAAUUCAACCAUUUAUUUUGGUCAGUCCAUCAGUUUUAAACCUUCAAUUAUUAAAUUACAAGAAUGCUAAAAUCCAGUUACUCAUUUUGUAAAUAACUUGUUAUAUCAUACAUCAGAUUUAGAAGCUCCAUAGAUACUGUUCUCAAGAAAUUUGGUUCUUUUAUCAGCUUGCUCUAAAAUUUCUGAUACAAUCUAGUAAAUCUACACCUAUAAUUUUGGAAAUAGCUAAAUAACUUUUAUAGAAUGGAAAUUAAUUAGAACCUAAAAACAAGAUCCUAAAAUUAGUUAUUUAUUAGAUUAUCUAACAAAUUAAUUUAAGAAUUAUAGUUAAAUAAAUAAAUUUGAAUUCUCUAACGAUAUAUUAGAUGAAAAUAAUGAAAUUUUAUUAGAAUUAAAGUAUCAGAACUUCUUAAAAAUAGAAGGAAGCAGUUUUAUUACCAUUAAGUAAUUGAAAACAAAAUAUUUCUUAAACGUCCAAACACAAAAAAACAAAUAUUUUAAUUCUUAAUUAAUUGAAAUUUUUAUUUAAGUUUCUAAUUGUUAAGAAGUACUUAAUAAUAAUGUUAAAUUAAAUAUCUCAAUUGGUACUCUCAACAAGUAGGUUGAAUUAAAUUUGAGUGAAUAUUAUAUCUACAGGAUAGAACCUUAUAUUCUGAAUGUGGGUGUUUAAUAGUUAAAUAUUAGAGUCUACAAUCAAGAACAAUUAGAGAUAGAAGAUAACUUUUAGAUUUUAAUAAUGAAAGAGGAACCCUUAAUAUAAUUGUUUACUGAAUCCAAUUAUUUAAGCUUUUCAUAACAAAUAGUCAUAUAUGGGUUUGUAAAAAAUAUUGAUCAGUAAAAUCCUAUUCUUAAAUGGGAUUGUUUUGAUCUUACAUCAAAUUUUGAAUGCUUAACUUUAAAUCAGACUUAAUUGAUAUUACCUGAUUCACAAAAUAUGACACUCUAGUCUUACACUUUAAGUCCCUUUUCAGUUUAUAAGUUUACAGCUACCUUCUUGGAUUUACAAUAAUAUGUGAUAGAAACACUAAUUGAAUCAAAUGUUCCUAAAAUUUCAUAUGAAUCAUAUCCAGAUAUUUCUGAUGGGUAUAUCAACUAUCAUGAUUAGCUCCUAUUUAAAUUUAAAUUCCUAGAAAUAGUGUAAAACUCUGAUUUAUUAUUGUAUACAGGGAUUUUAUCAAAUUCGGAUUUAGUAGUAAAGCAUUUUAGAUUCAAUUAUUUAGAGUUAUAAAUGAGUCUUUUGCAUUAUUUUACUAUUGAUUAAUUAACGAAAACAAUGAUAUUAAAGAUUAACAUCCAUAGUCCUGAUUACUUUUAACCAUCUCAGGUCACCAUACCAUUAAAUAUCAAUAUACCACCUUUAUAAUGCAGGAUAGACCUUGACUCACAGAAUGCAUCUACAAUUUCGAAUUUCUCAAUUAAAGUAGCUGAUUGUUAAGAUGAUAAUAUUCCUUUAUAGUAUAGAUUGGUACUAUAUUUUAAUCAAUCUGAUCUUAAUUAUGAUUAUUCCAUUAAUAAAAUUUAAAAAGGAGUUAUUUUAUUUGAUUAUUAAUAUAAUAAUAUAUUCGAAACUAAAUUGACAGGUAAUGGAGAUAUUUAACUAAUGGUUUAAGUAAAAGACACUCUUAAUGGUAAGAGUAAUUACACAUACUCAUUAAAUUUUACAUAUGUGUAGGGAUAAUUAGCAACUUUGCUAGUAAAUUCUAUGUCCAUAACUGAAACUUUAAUCUAUGCAGCAAGCUUAGAAUUUGAAGAAAAUUCAAAAUCUUAAGAAAUAUCAUAAGUUCUCUCAUAAUAAAUUCAGUACUUUUCUAGUUGCAAAUGCAUUUCAGAAAAAUAAUUGCUGACAUUAAAAUCAUUUGCCAAAAGACAUAGAAUUUGGAGAAAUAGUGAUAUUUAAAUCGAAUUAACACAAUAGAAAGAAAGAUUAAGUUCACUUAAAUAAGAGUUAGAAAUCUUAAAUUAAAAUUAAUAUCAAAAAUAUGAGCGUACAUUAGAAGAAUUUAAAAAAGCAACUCUAUUGGAAAAUACAGUUGAGAUAGCAAAAUACAUUAGUGAUUUGUAUGAAUUAAAUAGAGAACAAUAAUAGAACACAAGAAUUUUGAUUAGCGAUGAGGAACAAUAAGGUAAACUCAAUAACAAUUUUAUUAUCAUCGAUUCAAUAAACUUAAUUACUGAGAUUUAAUUGUAAAAUUAAAUAAUAAAUGAAAAAUUAUAAACAAUAGUUACAAAUUCAUUCAAUAUUUCCACACAAAAAGCAACUUAAAAAGUAUUGGAGUACUUGAUCAGUAAUUCAUUAAAUGAACCACAAGUUAUUGGAUAAGAAAAUCAAUAAGUCGAUUAAAAGUAAGUUUUGGAGACAUAUUCUUACAAAAUGGUUAAAUACUAAACGAAUCCUUACAUACAUGACUCCUAUUUUAUUAAUAAUAAUGCAGAUUAAUACAAUUACCCUAUGUAUUAACCUGAAAUUAAAUAGAUGUCCAACAAAACUCUUUUAGAAAAUAUUACUACUUCCAAAGGUAUUAGAUAUAAUUUCGAGACUUAAGAUUAAAAUCUAAUAGUAGAAUGUGUGGCAAAGGUUAAAGAAAGCUGGAGCGUAGAUUCUUGCUAAACAGUUCAAGAAGGUAAAAAAGUAACAUGCUAAUGUACUUAUAUCUCUUCAACAACGAUAUUGGAAGCAACGCAAAACAUAUUUGAUGAAGCCGUCGAUUUCUUUUCAGUUUAAACCAUUGAACGAAUGCUUGAAUGCUCAUACUUAUCUAUCAUAUUUACAUAUAUAGUGAUGAUUUACACAAUAUUGUUUCUUUGGUUCAUUUUCUAUGGAUAUAAAAUGGAUAUGGCCAAAAAUGAAGAAAGCUUAUUUCAUUCAACCAAAGUUACUCCAACUGACUGGGACCAAGCAACUGAAAAACCAGGAAGGACCAUUAAUAUGGGAGAAACAGAGUCUGAAAAAUAACUUCCAGUAAUUGAUGUAAACAUGGGGAGAAAAUAGAGCCAAAGAAAAACUAUAUUUAAUAACAACGACAGCUAAAUCACAUCAGAUGAUAAAUACCUAAAACGGCCUAAUGUUGAUUAUUAUAAUAAAAUUUUGGCUGCCAGGAAAACAAUUGGAAUAACAACUAAUGUUUGUUCUGAGAGAAUCAUGGAAGAAAAUGAACCCUAAUUAUCUCCCAAAGAUAGAGCUAGUAGUAUAUCCUUUAAAAUUGUUCCCUCCCCACUUUCAACACCUAGAUAGUCAUAUUUUAAUAACUAAGAUGCUCUGUAUGAAAAAUAUACGACCUAAAGAAUUACCUUAGGCAAAGCUAUUCUAUCCUAUAUGGAAGUAUUCUAUUUAUUUAAAUCUUAGAUAAAUCAUAAGGUUCUGAGUCUGUAUUAUUUAUAUGAUAAGGAUUGUUCUAGGAUCUAUAGAACUAUCAUAUUAUAUGUGUCUUUAUUGGGGGAGCUAAGUAUUUUGACAUUUUUUGGGAAAGUAAUGUAUUUAUCAUAAUGUAGAUCAUUAAUUUCAAUUCAAUUAUAGCACUCUCAAUUUUGUAAACCUUAUUUGGAGUCAUUUUUAGAAAGCUACUUUAAGUAUUUCUAAAGUCAGAUAAAAGAUGUAUUAAUUAUAUAGGGUUUAAUCUUGUAAUCUUAAGUGUUUUAUUCUUUUUAUUUAUGAUAUUUGGAAGUGUAGCUAAAUAUCAAUCAGUUUUAGAAGCUUCAUUAUGGGGAGUAGCCUAUUUAAGCAGUUUUAUAUUAGAUUAUAUAGUCUAUACUAACUUUCAGAUUCUUCUUUGUUUCUCAAUAAUCAUCAAAUUUGGGAAUCGAUAAACAGUUAAAGUAAUCUAAAUUAAUAUUUUAGAAAUAUUUAAAAAUGUUUUUGAAUGACAAGGUGUUUAUCUAAACUUUUGGAAGUUCAUGA